GACACCUGCUCCACAUAUUGCACAUAACUUUAGUUUAUCCACCGGCAGUGAAUCGACCGCAUCCGCCUUAUUCCUAAUGAAGCCCGGAUUCAACGUGCCCCGGUAUGUCCAGGAUGGCAUUCGGAAGGCAGCUGCUAGCUUGCAGUUUAGCGCACACCACACGGUGGAUUACGACUUUCGGAGCUUCAGUACGUCGGCUUGCGUCGCGGUGAUUUAUCAAAUAACUCUGAGGGAAGAACCGCGCGAAGUAACGCUGCUGUGCAAGGUUCCUCCGGCGGAUGCGGACGAUACCGUUUUGGCGCUGUUCGAGCGGGAAGUGUUUGUGUACCAGCAGCUGCUGCCGACCUUUGUCCAGUUCCAGCAGGAGCACGACAUUCUGCCGAGUGCGGAGGAGUACGUUUAUGGUCCGGCUUGCUACUACGGACACUUUAACUUUCAGCGCCGGGAAGGUCUUUUGAUCUUGGAGGACGUCGGACGGAGGUUGUUCGGGAAUCGUAACAAGUUCGAACCGAUUGACUACGACAGUGGACGGCUGGCGAUGGUUCAGCUUGGGAGAUUCCACGCGGUAUCACUCGCUUUGAAGGAACAACAUCCGGAACUGUUUGCCAGAUUCCAGCAACUUGAGGAUGUCAGCCGAGAUCAGGUGACCAACAUGGAAGGCUUCCGGGAUACCAUGAACACGUCGUUUGAUCAGGCUAUUGAUACGUUGAACAUUCAUGAAACCGUCAAGAAGGAGAAGCUGACCAAGCUGAGGGAUUCGUUCGUAGAGGAACUGAAAAUCAUCGCCGACAGUGAACUGUCGGAACCGUUCUGCGUGGUAUGCCACGGGGACUUUAGUGCCAGUAACCUCAUGUACAGCUACAACAGUGGCUUCCCGAACCGACUGAUCAUGCUGGACUGGCAACUGGCCAAGUAUGGCUCGCCGGCCCUCGACUUUAUGCACUUUAUGUUCCUCAGUACGGACGAGUCGUUCCGGCGGAACCACUACGACAACAUGCUCCAGACGUACCACAACGCGCUGCGGGAUCACCUGGAGCGGUUGGGCGGGGACCACGCGACGGAACGGUUCCCGCUGACGACGCUGAUGCGGCUGAUCAAGACGCAGGCCAAGUACGCCGUUACGGUGGCCGUGCUGCACGUGCCGUUGAUGAUGGCGAUUGGUGGGGAGGCGGCAGGGGAGGAGAACGGAGAGGAGGGAAGGGGAAACGGGGAAGGGAUUGAUGGAAGGUAUCAGGCUAGGAUGAGUGGGCUGCUGAAGGACGCGUUUAGGUUGGGGUAUUUGUGA